UGGUCCAUCCUUAACCAUUUAAUAUUUUCUUGUAGUGUGGAAAAAAAUAAGUUGGAAAAAUUAGACAAGACUUGUCCAUUUGUUUGGGGAUUUAAUGUCAAAUGGAAAUCAUACAUUUCAAAGGCUCAAAAGAGUAGCGUAGCUAAAAUAAAAAUAAAAGUCUAAAUAUACCCCAAAACAUUAUCUGGGCAAAUCUGAUUAAAAAAAUUGGAGAGUAUUAUCCAUAUGUCUAACACUAAAUCAAUCUCACUAUCAUCAAAAGGAGGCCUGCAUAAGUUUUUACAAAUUAAGGGAUUUAAUUCAAAGAAUCUUAAAUAAUCUCUUGUUUUUUUUAAGCUAUUAUCCAACUUCUCUUGUCUUAACCUCUCACCUCCAUCUUUGGCGAGAGAGAGAAAUGGACGAAGAGAUAACAUGGGAAGAGAGAAUUCAUGCCCUAACUCAUGUCCUAACAAGCCCCACAAAUUCACCAUCUCUUCACUCACAGUUUUUCAUCUCCACCCAAAUACCAUGCUACCUAAACUGGGACUACCCACCAGUCCUUUGUACCAAAUAUUCAAAAACUUUCCCAUCUCUUGAUUUGAAAUGGGGUAUAUCCCUGUUCCUGAAAAGGGUUUCCAGAAUUGGUGUCCCUGAGACUUCUUGGAGGUCCAAAUGCCCAUUCCUUCAGCCACCGCCAUUGAUUCUGGCCAAAGGAGUUGAAGAAGCUCAGUGGGGUGAAGAACAGAGAAGACAAUAUUUCGGGAAAAGACUCAGAAGGAAACCUCUUCUCACCAAUAUCAACCCUUUCAUUCCUAUUCUACUUCCCAAUCUGUUAUUGUUUUCUCUUUUGCUAUGGGACCCUGAUCUUCCCGAUGCCUAAUCAGAUUCGCUUUUCUUUUGGUUCAAAAUUCCUGUAAUAUUUCUUUGUAUUAUUACUGUAUUCCAUGUAUUUCCUUUUACGAAUUAUUGAAUUGUAUUCUGCUGAUUUGUGUAAUUCAGAGCUGAAAGUACUUUUGAA